AUGGACAGGGACCUUUCCUCAGACCGCGCUGGGGAGGACACCGUGAAUGUCGACAUGUCCCCCCUUGAGGCAGUCGCAAGUCGACCUGACAAGUAUCCUAAGGGGAUCAAACUUGUUCUUGUCCUGCUCAGCAUCUAUCUUGCCAUUUUCCUGGUGGCUUUAGAUAGGACUAUCAUUGCGACAGCCCUUCCGAAGAUCACUGACCACUUCCAGAGUUUUGGCGAUACAGGCUGGUAUAAUGCGGCUUUCCUACUGCCAUCGACUGCACUGCAGCUCUUCUUCGGACGAAUGUAUACAUUCUAUUCUCCCAAAUGGAUAUUUCUCACACUUGUUUUCGUGUUCGAGAUCGGAUCGGCGGUUUGCGGCGCCGCACCAAGCUCGCUCGCUUUUAUUUUGGGGAGAGCAAUCUCAGGUAUCGGGGCGGGAGGUAUCUUCAAUGGCUCCAUGAUCAUCAUGAUGUAUGCGGCACCUCUCGAAAAACGGCCGUUUUACAUGGGAUUACUUGGAGCAGUAUUUGGGGUGGCAUCGGUUGCUGGACCUUUACUCGGCGGUGCCUUUACCACCGGUGUGACCUGGAGAUGGUGCUUCUACAUCAACCUGCCUAUCGGAGCCUGCGUCUUAGUAUUCCUGUUCUUGGUGGUUGAAGAAACAGAACCUGCGCGCGGCGGCCUGACACUCAAAGAAAAGCUAAAUAACCUCGACAUCCCGGGCACAUUGGUCUUUGUCCCAUGCAUGGUCUGCUUGCUCCUGGCCUUGCAAUGGGGAGGCCAAGAUUAUGCGUGGUCCAGUGGCCGAGUGGUCGCCCUUUUGGUGGUCUUCGGUGUGCUCCUUAUCGCCUUCAUCGCCAUUCAAUUCUGGAGACAGGACAAUGGUACAGUGCCGCCGCGAAUCGCCAAACAACGAACCGUUGCAUCUGCAGCUUGGAUUGCCUUCUGCCUCGGAUCGACAUUCUUGCUCGUCGUGUAUUACCUUUCAAUAUGGUUCCAGGCAAUCAAAGGAGACUCGGCAAUCACGUCCGGAUACUCGACCCUUCCCUCCCUUCUCAGCCUGGUCAUUGCUUCCAUUCUCUCGGGGGCUUUUAUCAGUCGCGUCGGAUAUUAUAACCCGUCCAUCAUCGCCUGCACGAUUCUCAUGCCGAUUGGCACAGGUUUGCUUUGCCUGUUCACUCCCCAUACACGUCAUCCGAUGUGGAUAGGUUCACAAUUUUUGUUUGGGUUUGGAACUGGUCUGGGACUGCAACAAACCAACAUUGCCGCCCAGACAGCGUUGAGCAAGGCGGACGCGCCAACCGGCAUGCCGUUCGUCUUCUUCGCACAAGGGCUCGGUGGAGCCAUUUCUGUCUCUGUCGGACAGAAUAUUCUGGAUAGUCAACUCAUCAAGAAACUGUCAACCCUCGGAGGCAUCAGUCCGCAUCAAGUCGUCAGCACGGGGGCUACACAACUGCGAAACAUCUUCCCGAAACAGCAGCUUCCAGGGGUGAUCGAGGUCUACAACGACUCUCUUGUGAUAGUCUUUUAUGCUGCUUUGGCCUACGCCUGCGCGGCUCUUCCGGGCAUUUUCACGCUGGAAUGGAAGACGGUCAAGAAGCCGACGAACAAAGACGAGGAGAAGCAGGGCCCAAAGGAAGAAGAAAACACAAGUGAACUACAAGAGAAGAGCAGCACGAGUACCCCAGAAGAGAAUCGUCUUGCGACUCCGGAUGUUCAGCAAGUGAAGCAUUCCGAGGCUUGA